AUGAGCGCGGGCUCGGAGCGCCGGGCGGCGGCGGCCCCCGGGGUGGUGCCGGCGCCCUGCGCCUCGAAGGUGGAGCUGCGGCUGAGCUGCCGGCACCUGCUGGACCGCGACCCGCUCACCAAGUCCGACCCGAGCGUGGUGCUGCUGCUGCAAUCGCAGGGCCAGUGGGUGCAGGUGGGCAGAACCGAGGUGGUCCGGAGCAGCCUGCACCCGGUCUUCUCCAAGGUCUUCACGCUUGACUACUACUUUGAGGAGGUGCAGAAGCUGCGCUUUGAGGUUUACGACACCCAUGGGCCCAGCAGCCUGAGCUGCCAAGAGGAUGACUUCCUGGGGGGCAUGGAAUGCACUUUGGGGCAGAUAGUGGCCCAGAAGAAGGUGACCCGGGCACUGUUGCUGAAGUUCGGCAGGAACGCGGGCAAGUCCACCAUCACGGUGAUAGCCGAGGACAUUUCCGGGAACAACGGCUACGUGGAGCUCUCCUUCAGGGCCAGGAAACUGGACGACAAGGACCUCUUCAGCAAGUCAGACCCCUUCCUGGAGCUAUACCGGAUCAAUGAUGAUCAGAGUGAGCAACUGGUGUACCGGACGGAGGUGGUGAAGAACGACCUGAGCCCUACCUGGCAGUCUUUCAAGGUGUCUCUGAACAGCCUGUGCAGCUGUGAGGAGUCGCGGCCUCUGAAGGGCCUCGUUUGGGAUUACGACUCCCGCGGAAAGCACGACUUCAUCGGAGAAUUCUCCACCACCUUCGAGGAGAUGCAGAAAGCCUUCGGGGAGGACAAGGCCCAGUGGGACUGUGUGAACUCCAAGUAUAAGCAGAAGAAGCGCAAUUACAAGAAUUCUGGGGUGGUCAUCCUGGCAGACCUGAAGCUCUACAGGGUGUACUCGUUCCUGGACUACGUCAUGGGCGGCUGCCAGAUCCACUUCACGGUGGCCAUUGACUUCACGGCCUCCAAUGGGGACCCCAGGAACAGCUGCUCCCUGCACUACAUCAACCCCUUCCAGCCCAACGAGUACCUACAGGCCCUGGUGGCCGUGGGAGAGAUCUGCCAGGACUAUGACAGCGACAAGAGGCUCUCUGCUUUGGGCUUUGGAGCCCGGAUCCCUCCCAAGUACGAGGUGUCCCAUGACUUUGCCAUCAAUUUCAAUCCCGAGGACGAUGAGUGUGAAGGGAUCCAGGGCGUGGUGGAGGCCUACCAGAACUGCCUGCCCAGGGUCCAGCUCUACGGCCCCACCAACGUGGCGCCCAUCAUCUCCAAGGUGGCCCGCACAGCUGCGGCCGAGGAGCGCACGCAUGAGGCCUCUCAAUACUACAUUCUGCUGAUCCUGACGGACGGCGUGGUGACCGACAUGGCGGACACACGUGAGGCCAUCGUGCGCGCCUCCCACCUGCCCAUGUCCAUCAUCAUUGUUGGGGUGGGCAACGCCGACUUCACCGACAUGCAGGUGCUAGACGGUGACGAUGGUGUCCUGCGCUCCCCACGUGGUGAACCCGCCCUCCGCGACAUCGUGCAGUUCGUGCCCUUUCGGGAGCUCAAGAGCGCGUCCCCCGCGGCAUUGGCCAAGAGUGUGCUGGCCGAGGUGCCCAGGCAGCUGGUGGAAUACUACAGCCACAAGGAGCUGCCUCCGAGAGACCUCGGUGCCCACGCCUGA